UUGUUUGUUUGUCGGAAUGGACCGAGAAGAAGGGUUGUCUUAGAGACGAGCCGAAUACGUAUAUAUAAUGAAUUGACUUAAUUAUGGCAAUCGGGAAUUAUUCUUUUCUUCGUCCUUAACGUGGACAGGUAUGUAAAGGAAAUAAAAGAAUGAAACAGUUGUGGUGCUCAAAAUGAAAUAUUUUCGAUAAGAAGAAAAUGUCUUUCAUCUGUAUUAGCUCAAGGUCAAAGUUCAAGAUAUCCGCUUCAAAGCAAAAACAUCAAAGAAACCACGCAGAGGUAGAUGAAUUACGAGGGCGAGAAAGAAAGAGCAUCAAGAAAAAACUCGACAAGGGGCAUUACUCUCCUAUUAAAUGAGGAGAAUAAUCAAAACAAAGAACGUCAUCGGAAUCCCACCAGUGACACCAACUUUUCGAACUCAGAAGCGGGAAAAGUAAGGUUGGAGACAGAUUGUCUGCGAAGCAAACAAAAUGGCGUCCGUGAAAACUCGUUAAAGGAAUCACUAGAUACCAUAUCAAGAUAUACCAGAAGCUUUGAAGAAUUUGUACAAAAAGAAAUAUCAUCAAAUAGAGAUCUAGAGAACCAAGCACAUUCAUUAGCAUCAUCCUUGCGUCAUUCCAUGAACAUGGAGUUAAUCCGACUCAUGUCUUUCCAUAAUUUUCCGUCCUCAAAAACUGUUUCUACGCUGCGACUGGCUCGCCAGGGAUUUUAUUAUUCUAUGGAGUAUGACGUCACUAUAUGUUUUGCUUGUGGUUUUCGAAAACGAGACUGGAGGUCUGACGAUGUCAUUGAGGUUAUUCAUCGUAACAUGUCUCCUGACUGUCCUCUUCUGUCGGCACAGCCGACCAGUAACAUCCAAAUUGUAAAUGACCAAAGGGAUGGGCAUUGUAUGAACGAACUCAAGCAGCAAUUUAACGCUAUUGGCAACAAUUUUCCUAGCAGAAGCAAUAGACAGCCAUCCUCUUCAACCUCAGAAAUUGCUUCGUCUGGACAUGAAAUCAAAAGAGAACAGAAUACUGAUAAUAUAGACAAAAAAGGUAAAGCCACUUCCUCACAUAAGACUUCAAACGACCUGUUGACUAAGACAAGAAUACAGCAAGAUAAGAUAAAUGCAUUUAUUCGAAACCUGGAUCCAUUAGGAAUUAACUUUGACCGUCCAAAAUAUCCGUCAUACUCGGUGCUAGCUGUAAGGGUGAGUUCCUUUGCGGAUUGGCCAUCUAGUCUAUCACAGACCCCUAGAGAUUUGGCUGUAGCGGGAUUUCUGUAUGCAGGUUACGGAGAUUAUACCCGUUGUUUCUUUUGUGGGGGAGGAUUGCGUAACUGGGAGCCCGGAGACGAUCCGUGGACCGAACAUGCCCGAUGGUUUCCGAAGUGUGCUUUUGUGAGACAGAACAAAGGAGACGAGUUUGUUGCCUUGGUUCAAAUUCAGCACCAAGAACUGGAAGCUAUGGGAGCACCAAACGAACACCAGGCGAGAGAUCACGCAACUGGACCCGAAAACGUAAACUCAGAACGUUCAUCAGAACCAGAUGUUUCUACUCUUCCAGCUUUCCAGAGUGUUCUCGAAAUGGGAUAUCCAUCUCAUGUCAUACAACAAGCUUUCGAUUUUCUAAAAAACAAAAAAGAGUGCAUAGACAUUAAGGCCGAAGAAGUAAUGGAGGUCAUUUUGUCAGGUGAUGACAUACCACCAUCUUCUGUUGCGAAAACAUCAGACUAUGUCAAGGAGGUUACUGCAAGGUCAUAUGAAGAUAGUAUAAAUGCAAAUGAGCAGCAAACAAAAUCUUCCUUAAUGGAAGUUACGAAAGAAUCUGACGAAGCAGACACUCGCUCGUUGAUCGAGGAGAACAGACAACUGAAGGACCUCAGGAUGUGUAAGAUCUGUAUGGAGAAAGACGCCUCCAUCGCCAUGUUGCCGUGCGGACAUCUUUGUUGUUGUACGGACUGUGCUCCUGCAAUGCGGAAAUGUCCAAUAUGUCGGCAGUUCGUGAAGGGGACUGUCCGUACUUGGCUUGCAUGACUAGAAGUAACUUAUUUGUUCAAUAGUAAAAAAAAUCACAUCUUAUAUCUGUUUUUGUUUUCUCAGUUUUGUGCUUGUAUUGUUCAUAAUUAUAUGGCAUGGCAUAAGCAAAAGCUCUGCCACUCAGUCAAAUAAAAUGUGACUGAAAGAACACUAAAAGGUGUUUGAAUGCCGUAGCCUUUUAGUAAUCUUUUCAGGCAUUUUAGUUAACAUCCAGGUUUUGAAUAAUCAUUAAUAAAUUUUCAAUACAACUCA